CGUCGGGUCGUCUCUUUCUCGUCUGGUUAGCAACCAACGGCCCAACUCACAUGACUUUGGUUUAGCGACGUUUUCCCUUGGCAUCUUCUUCGCACCUCUGAUAUUGCUACUGCUGCUUCUGUUGUUGUUCCUCCUCUUCACACACCGAAAGAAGAAGAAGGCCGACAACAGAUGAAUUAUCGACUCUGCUGCAUACGCCAAUCGAGGUGUGGGUGGAGAGCAGUAGCAGCAAUUCCACGCAUGUCAGACCCCCCGACGCGGCAGCAAUCCAAUUGUUCCCAUGGCUCAGCCUCCCCCUUCAUGUUCAUGGCCCGACUAUCCGAUCAGCGCGCAACCCAUCGUCUGGUUUUCUGGAUAUCCCACGGUGGCAUCGCAGCGACACAUGGCCAAGACCCUUGAGGAUUUCCGAGAUGGACGUUUCUUUGCGGCUCCGGGCCUCUGGUCUCCACCACGGCCGAC